CCACUUUUAAAAUUUUCUCACUUUCUCUCUCUCAUAAUAUCCAACUAAGUGUGUAUAUAAUCUUCAUGAGCAGCUCUAUAUAUAUUGAGCAUAAUAUCUCUUAGAAGUGUGAGAACUCGUUAAGCUCUUCUUCUCUUUUCUUCUCUCUCUCAACCUCUCUCUAUCUCUCUCUCACCAUGGUAGCUCAAGCUCCUCAUGAUGAUCAUCUGGAUGAGGAGAAAUUAGCAAGACAAAAAGAGAUCGAAGAUUGGUUACCAAUUACUUCGUCAAGAAAUGCUAAGUGGUGGUACUCUGCUUUUCACAAUGUCACCGCCAUGGUCGGUGCCGGGGUUCUUGGACUCCCUUACGCCAUGUCUCAGCUCGGAUGGGGACCAGGAAUUGCGGUAUUGGUUCUGUCAUGGAUCAUAACACUAUACACAUUAUGGCAAAUGGUAGAAAUGCACGAAAUGGUUCCGGGAAAACGUUUUGACCGUUACCACGAACUCGGACAGCACGCGUUUGGUGAGAAGCUCGGUCUUUAUAUCAUCGUGCCGCAACAGUUGAUCGUGGAAAUCGGCGUUUGCGUCGUUUAUAUGGUCACUGGAGGCAAAUCGUUAAAGAAAUUUCAUGAACUAGUUUGUGACGAUUGUAAACCAAUCAAACUUACUUAUUUCAUCAUGAUCUUCGCUUCUGUUCAUUUCGUCCUCUCUCAUCUUCCCAAUUUCAAUUCCAUAUCUGGCGUUUCUCUCGCUGCUGCCGUUAUGUCUCUCAGCUACUCAACAAUUGCAUGGGGAGCAUCAGUGAGCAAAGGCGUUCAAGAAGAUGUUCAAUAUGGUUACAAGGCGAAAUCAACAGCCGGUACGGUUUUCAAUUUCUUCAGCGGUUUAGGUGAUGUGGCGUUCGCUUACGCGGGUCACAACGUUGUCCUUGAGAUCCAAGCAACUAUCCCAUCAACGCCUGAGAAGCCUUCGAAAGGUCCUAUGUGGAAAGGAGUCAUCGUUGCUUACAUCGUGGUCGCGCUCUGUUACUUCCCCGUGGCUCUCGUCGGUUAUUAUAUCUUCGGAAACGGUGUUGAAGACAACAUUCUCAUGUCACUUAAGAAACCAGCAUGGUUAAUCGCGACCGCCAACAUCUUCGUCGUAAUCCAUGUCAUCGGUAGUUACCAGAUCUAUGCAAUGCCGGUGUUUGACAUGAUGGAGACUUUAUUGGUCAAGAAGCUAAAUUUCAGACCGACCACAGCUCUUCGGUUCUGUGUCCGUAAUUUCUACGUUGCUGCCACUAUGUUUGUUGGUAUGACGUUUCCGUUCUUCGGUGGCCUUUUGGCGUUCUUUGGUGGAUUUGCGUUUGCUCCAACCACAUACUUUAUCCCUUGCGUCAUUUGGUUAGCAAUCUACAAACCCAAGAAAUACAGCUUGUCUUGGUGUGCAAACUGGGUAUGUAUCAUGUUCGGUCUUUGCUUAAUGAUUCUAUCGCCGAUCGGAGGGUUAAGAACAAUCGUUAUUCAAGCAAAGGAUUACAAGUUUUACUCGUAAAUUUGCUAUUAUGACUAAUUAAGAAACAUAUUUUUAUAUAUUAAUAUGUGUGUGAAGAAGUUUUUUUAAGAGAUCAACAUGAGACAUAGAAGAAUCGAUGGUCUUGUCUGAUUCUAAAAUGUAGUUUUUAGCUUUUGUAUUUUGUGUGUUUACAUUAUAUAAAAAAAAAAAUCAGGUCUCAAAUUGUUUGGUUUUA